CCCGGGGCGCUCUCUGUCCAUUCUCCUGUAUUAGUCACGUUGUCUAAACUUAUUACAACUCCAAGUCUGGGGUUUGUUCCCUCCCACUGGAGCUUGGCAGCGAAGCAUUGUGGGAAUUGUAGUCCAAUAUUAGAUAAAGUGUAUUCGUCUACCGAGCAGUUUUCUAUAGAUACGUCUGUGUUCUCUAUUAGUCUUGGACUACAACUCCCAGCAUGCUUCAGGGCUUGGAGAGGCUGCUGGGAACUGCUGCUACAAACAAGAAACUGAACUGAGGAAUCCCUGUAUCACACUGAUGGUCUAUUAUUGGCACAUUUUAUGGAAUAACUCAAGAAGGUGCUGCUGCAUUAGACUCUCUCAGAUCUGCAAGGAAUGUGCUUUAAAAAUUGUUUUCUUUCUGGUCACUUUAUUGAAAAUAUUCUGCCGCCUCCUUUACCUGGCUGUGCCCUUGGCGCUGCAGCACAGGAACCAAUCAGCAGCUAGCAGGACCUGAUAGGGAACUGAAGCCUGUCUGUGCUUGUGUGACUGCAGGCCUGUGAUUGGCUGUCCCCUACGGAACUCAUUUUAGGACAUUAUGCCCCGGAUGAAGCUGCUUGGCAGCGAAACUCAUAUGGGCGGCGAAGGUGGUAUGGAUGGCUCCCACUCUUCCCAAUGUAGAUAGGUAGGGGGAGAACGAAGGGAAGGGUGGGCACCAAUGGCGACCUGAGCUCAAUGAUUAACCCACACGGUGCUGGAUGGCAUCAUGGAUAUUCGAAUCCUUAAAUAACCAAAAUACACUAUCCACCACCGCUCCAUUCUACGCACUUGUAUUUAAGUCCAGAUCCAGAACACAUCGGCAACAUUUCAUCCAUCACAAUCUUCCACCAUGGAACUGAGUGAAGGCAAUUUACAGGGACUAACGGAGUAUUUGAAGAAAACCCUUGAUCCAGACCCAGCUGUAAGACGCCCAGCCGAAAAGUAUCUGGAAUCGGUUGAAGGAAAUCAGAAUUAUCCUCUCCUGCUUUUAACACUGGUUGAACGCUCUCAAGAUAAUGUCAUCAAAGUUUGCUCUGCCGUCACUUUCAAAAAUUACAUCAAAAGGAACUGGAGAAUUGUUGAAGAUGAGUCUAACAAAAUCUGCGAAGCUGACCGGAUAGCUGUUAAAUCAAGUAUCAUAAACCUGAUGCUGAGGAGCCCAGAGCAAAUACAAAAGCAGUUAAGUGACGCCAUCAGCAUCAUCGGCCGGGAAGAUUUUCCCCAGAAGUGGCCGAAUCUCUUGACAGAAAUGGUGAACAGGUUCCAGAGUGGAGACUUUCAUGUUAUAAAUGGGGUCCUACACACAGCUCACUCCCUUUUCAAAAGAUACCGGCAUGAAUUUAAAUCGAGUGAAUUGUGGACAGAGAUUAAGCUUGUACUUGAUACUUUUGCUGGGCCACUGACUGAUCUUUUUAAGGCAACCAUUGAGCUGUGUAAUACUCAUGCGAAUGAUGUCGGUGCUUUAAAGGUUCUUUUCUCCUCCUUAAACCUGAUCGCCAAGCUUUUUCACAGUCUAAACUUUCAGGACCUUCCAGAAUUUUUUGAGGAUAACAUGGAGACGUGGAUGACCAAUUUUCACAACCUGUUAACUUUGGAUAACAAACUAUUGCAAACUGAUGAUGAAGAGGAAGCAGGCUUGCUGGAACUGUUAAAGUCCCAAAUCUGCGACAACGCGGCUUUGUACGCUCAGAAAUACGAUGAAGAAUUCCAGCCCUACUUGCCGCGCUUUGUCACAGCCAUCUGGAACCUGCUGGUGACCACAGGGCAAGAAGUUAAAUAUGAUUUGUUAGUAAGCAAUGCCAUCCAGUUCCUGGCAUCUGUAUGCGAGAGGCCUCACUAUAAAAACCUCUUUGAGGACCCCAGCACUUUAACGAGUAUCUGCGAAAAGGUCAUUGUUCCCAAUAUGGAAUUCAGAGCUGCCGACGAAGAAGCUUUUGAGGACAAUUCUGAAGAAUACAUAAGAAGAGACUUGGAGGGAUCAGAUAUAGAUACAAAGCGCAGAGCAGCUUGUGAUCUGGUGCGAGGUUUGUGCAAGUUUUUCGAAGGCCCAGUGACCAACAUCUUCUCGGGUUACGUGAACUCAAUGCUCCAGGAAUACGCAAAGAACCCGUCUGUGAACUGGAAGCACAAAGAUGCUGCCAUAUACCUUGUUACGUCUUUGGCAUCUAAAGCACAAACACAAAAGCAUGGAAUUACUCAAGCCAACGAACUGGUUAACCUAACAGAAUUCUUCGUCAAUCACAUUCUUCCAGAUUUAAAGUCUGCAAACAUCAAUGAAUAUCCAGUUCUUAAAGCAGAUGGCAUUAAAUAUAUUAUGUUUUUCAGAAGCCAAAUUCCCAGAGAACAGCUUCUGGUGACCAUUCCUCUCCUAAUAGCCUAUCUGCAGGCAGAAAGCAUAGUAGUACAUACUUAUGCAGCCCAUGCCCUGGAGAGGUUCUUCACCAUGAAAGGAGCCGCUACCACCACCCUCAUUGUAGCAGCUGAUAUGAUGCCAUACGUGGAGCUCCUUUUAGCUAACCUGUUUAAAGCACUUUCCUUACCUGGCUCAACUGAGAAUGAAUACAUAAUGAAAGCAAUCAUGAGAAGCUUUUCAUUGCUCCAGGAAGCCAUCAUCCCAUAUAUACCGUCUGUAAUCAGCCAACUAACACAGAAGCUGCUUGCAGUGAGCAAGAAUCCAAGCAAACCUCAUUUCAAUCACUACAUGUUUGAGGCCAUCUGUUUAUCCAUACGAAUCACCUGCAGAGCAAACCCUGCUGCUGUUGCGAGCUUCGAGGAUGCCCUCUUCCUGGUCUUCACCGAGAUCCUGCAGAGCGAUGUUCAAGAAUUUAUCCCCUAUGUCUUUCAAGUCAUGUCCUUGCUCCUGGAAAUUCACACAACUGAUAUCCCACCAUCCUACAUGGCCCUGUUUCCGCACCUUCUUCAGCCAGUUCUGUGGGAGAGAACGGGUAACAUCCCUCCUCUUGUCAGACUUCUGCAGGCUUAUCUCGAGAGAGGAGCCACGACCAUUGCUGCAAGUGCCUCUGAUAAAAUCCCUGGUCUGCUUGGUGUCUUCCAAAAACUGAUUGCCUCUAAGGCCAACGAUCAUCAAGGCUUUUAUCUGCUUAACAGUAUUAUUGAGCAUUUGCCCGCAGAAUGUAUUGAGCAGUACAAGAGGCAAAUCUUCAUCGUUCUUUUCCAAAGGCUUCAAAGUUCCAAAACAACAAAGUUUGUUAAAAGUUUCCUAGUCUUUCUAAAUUUGUUUUGCAUCAAAUUUGGAGCCAUUGCGCUGCAGGAAAUGUUUGACAGUAUCCAACCAAAAAUGUUCGGAAUGGUCGUGGAGAAGAUCAUUAUCCCUGAGAUACAGAAAGUUUCUGGACCUAUCGAAAAGAAAAUCUGCGCCGUUGGACUGACGAAGGUUCUCACAGAAUGCCCAGUGAUGAUGGACACAGAGUAUACAAAGCUUUGGACUCCAUUGCUCCAGGCUCUCAUUGGCUUGUUUGAGCUUCCUGAAGACGACACCAUCCCAGACGAUGAACAUUUCAUUGAUAUUGAAGAUACUCCGGGCUACCAGGCGGCCUUCUCUCAAUUGGCAUUUGCUGGUAAAAAGGAACACGACCCCAUUGGGGAAAUGGUGAACAAUCCCAAGAUUCUGCUGGCUCAGUCUCUCCACAAAUUAUCCACUGCUUGUCCGGGCAGGGUCCCGUCCAUGAUCAGCACAAGUUUGAAUGCAGAAGCCCUGCAGUUUCUUCAAGGAUACCUUCAAGCUGGCAGCGUCUCGUUGGUGUGAAUCACUCACCGAAACAAGAAAUGUCUCCGGCAAUUUGUGAGGUUGUUAAUACUGUCUCUGCCUGGUCACAAUCCUGGACUGCAGAAUCCGAUCUGGUAAUGAAUCUCCCUCUGCAGCCAAUAAGGCCUCGGCGUAUUGAUACAAGCUUGGCUACUAAUCUCAUUGUGUGAUGAGUACGUUGUUAGGGUUCUGACUCUUCCCAAUCUCUCUUCUCUUACAAAAGGAGGAGCAGAAAACUUAUUGUACAGAUCAGGUUCCUCUCCGAAUAAGAAACAUUUUCACAUACAAAAAAGCACUUACCAACCUUCAUAUCAGGUUAUUUUGAUAUCAUUGAAACUGCCUUUUUCUUUUUUUUCAUCCUUGUUUCUGAACUGUGAAUAAAUGAGAAUUUGCUUAA